UGGUGAAAUGUCGCGAUUUAUAUUCUUACUUGCUCUCCUAAUCAAUUGUUUCUUAAUUUGCCACACCGACAAGGAUGACAUCGAUAUCUUAUCCUUUGUGCCAAAAUUAUCCACCGGAACACAUUCCCUCCUUGAGCCAUACGUGAACAAGUAUUGCGACGACAAUUUCCCACCAGGUUUCGUUUACUAUGGUUGCUGUUCAGAAAAGUAUCCCAAAUCGCACUGUUUCCUGAACGAUUAUAAGAGUCGGGAUGCAUUUUGUGAGACACAAAAUUUGCAGUCGCGUCGAUUCAGUUACGAUUGCAGCUACUCUCUGUUUGAUGCAAAUUGCACGUUGCCAAAGGGGCGAUGCUUCUGCUGUUCACGUGAUGCCCCCCACGACCCUGAACACAGACCUACUCGUCCAGAACAAUCGGUUAAUUUGACAGAUCCAUCGUUUUGCGGAACCAUCGCGACAGACCACUAUUUCGGCGGGAAUUACACCUUGGCCCAUAUAAUGAAACAAAGACCAUGGGAACUGCCCUUGUUCAGCUCGCUUUCAUUCACCUUAGAACAAGGGACAAAGUUCGUUGACGUGAUGAAUCCCAAUUGUCGCGUGACCAUUUGUCACAUAUGGAAAGGCGGGAGUGCAGCGGAAUGUCACCACUUUACACACGAUGGACCGAAACAUUACACAACGUACAAGCAGUACGACACAGUUUCGAUAAGUUGCGGUUGCAUAAAUGGAGCAUUUAGUAGCAAUGAAUGUACAAAACCACCGGAAGAUGUCGUGCAAUCUGAUGUAUCAUGCCAACCACAGAAUUUAGAUGGCGACACGUGUGCCGUACUUUAUCAAGAAUACGGCUGUCAAUCCUGUAAUUUUGACGUGAUUCGUCUAACCGAUAAGCGCUCAUCCUUCACGCCGAGCAAUUUCGCGGUAAUUCGAUCCCUUCGCGUCAACUCGGGAUGCAGCGUGCGGGCGUCGGCUGUCCAAGAUUUUGUCGAAUUUAACGAAACGACGUCAAUCGUGCAGGAAUUUUUUCUCCAAAAUACCACGAAUACUAAGGUGUACUUGCAAUUCAACACUUUCGACUGCAUCUGCGGUCCAAAGACUAUCAUAGAAGAUGGUGCGGCUGAACUUUCCGGUGGGGCCAUAGCAGGAAUUGUGGUCGGUUUAGUUGUCCUGGUCGCGGCAAUGGUAGGCUUGACUUACUUCAUGAAGGGAAGAAAACACAAGGUCAGCUUCACCCAGGAAGAGACAGAACAACUUAAGCACGAGCUGUUCAAUGGGGGAGGGGAAGCAGGUACACAAACAGGACCGGAAGUGGAUUUUGAAAAUUCAGUCAGCAUCGCCAGCAACAACAAUGGACUCAAUGAAGAAUAUUCUGUUAAGAAGCAGCACAUUGAAGUUUUCAAAGAUAUUUUACUUGGACGUGGAAACUAUGGCGUGAUUUUCAAAGGUAGUCUUUUCUCGGAGUCGGAUCAGCACAAGGUGGACUGCGCUGUUAAAACCGUGGAUGAAUUAACUGCCAGAAUUGAUGAUUUAAAAUUACUCAUGAACGAAAUUCGGAUAAUGUCCUGUGUUGGUCGACAUGAAAAUGUGGUCCAGUUUUUGGGAUUUUAUUGCAAUUUCCAUCCCAAGAAAUGGGAAUUUUUAUGCUUGAUGGAACUCUGCGUGGAAAAUUUGCACAGUUAUCUUCUUCAGGCUAGGAAUUGUCAGAAGGCUUCAAACUCCACGAUUAAUGCUCACUUGCAAAAGGAGGGAUAUGUUCUUUAUGAAGAUCCUGAAACAAUUGAAGAAACGAGUUCAGGUCCACCCCCGGUUCCUCACCUGGACGCACCGUCCGUCACAAUUACGCAGACAGAGAUUCGAAAAUGGUCAGCCGAAAUUGCAAGUGGGAUGGAUUACUUGACGAUGAAAAAUUUACUCCAUAUUGACCUUGCAGCUCGAAAUGUCCUCCUAUCUAACUGCUAAAAUCAGUGAUUUUGGAUUGUCCAAAAAGUUGUAUGACGCCUUGUAUUACAAAAAAGUUCAAGGAGGCCAUAUUUGGAUUCCUGUUAAGUGGAGUAGCUUCGAGUCGCUGAUGGGGCUCAAGUUCUCGAAAGAAUCGGAUAUCUGGUCGUACGGGGUGACAAUCUGGGAAAUCUUUAGCCUGGCGAGGAGCCUUAUCCGGACCUGGGUGAGAUGGUGGACCUUAUCAGAUUCCUUAAUAGUGGAGAAAGACUCCCAUGUCCGAAGUCUUGUGACGAUGAGACUUAUGCUCUGAUGAAACAAUGCUGGGAAAUGGAUCCAACAAAAAGACCCAGUUUCAACGAGAUUGGAAUAUUCUUUAAAAACUUUGGAAAAGAAAAUGAUCCCCGUCUGUUAAAUAUUUAAUCAAUUCAAAUUUGUAUAUACUAAUUAUUAGUAUCGUAUGUACAUAGAUGAUAUCACAAUACCUCAUACAUAUUCAUGUAUUGAAAUAUACAGAGAUUUUGUAGUUCCAGGAAAGGUUUUCAGUACAAGGCAAUGACCUACCAAUUGUGUGCAUGU